AUGUCGUCGUCUGUUCGCAUGCGUACUAGCAGAUCGCAUUCGCGCACGCGCCCCAAAACCGCGCAACACGCCGAGGUUUCGGGCGAAUCAUCAGGCGUUUCGGAAGAGGGUGGAGAUAGUCGCGAAUUAUACGACGAAGACGACGAGAAUUGGUCUGACGAGGAAGGAGACGUCGAGCCCUCCGAUUCUGCCUCAAGUGGCCGAGGGCCUUCGUAUCGUCGACCAACUGGUGCUGGAGGUCCUGUCAGACGAGCAGCAUCGGGCCACCGACACCCCGCAACACAACAUCCUCCACCAUCGGGAUACGCUUAUCGGCAGGGACUGCCACAAGUACAACCACCACAUCAUCCUUCCGAUACCGCCAGUCUGGAUUCCUCGGAGGACUAUCCAUACGGCUUCGGCAACCAGUACCCACCACAGGGUGGGUAUGGAGGAGGCCGUAGCCGUGGUGGACCUGGGUAUCAGCACGGAGGGUAUGGCGGACCCUACGCACCAUUCCCCAGCCAGCAGGUUGUACCAUUCGGCAACAACUAUGGCAAUCCCUUUGCACCAGCUGGUGGCGGGGGAAACCAAUUCUUCGGCAAUGAUCAUCGCUGGGGCGGCGGCGAAGUGAUGCCUUAUGGCGGCAGUGGCGCAGGAUAUUUCAAUGGCCCGCACGGAGGCGGCCACUACCCUGUGCCCCUUGGUAUGCAACAAUAUGCCGGGCACUGGGCAUCACCACCUCCGGUCACUGAUCUUGGAGCGCGUCCCAAGCCGGAGCCCUCGCCCGCGCCUGCCAAAGAUGAUCCAGAAAAGUUGGAAAUGAUGAAGCAGUUGGAAGCCAUCAAAGCUGAAAAGGCAAAAAGAGAAGCAGAGGAACAGAAGAAGGAGUUUGAGGCUCGGAUCAGAGAAGAGACCGAGCGUGCAUUUAAGCAAAAGAUGGAGGAAAGAGACAAGCAAGAGGAGCUGUUGAACAAGGAAAGGGCAGCUGCUGCGGAAAAGGCCAAGAAGGAGAUUGAGGAGGCUAGGCAAGCAGCUGAAAAGGCUACUCGAGACCUGAUGGAGAAGGAGAGACAGGCGGCUGAAGAACGCAAGAAGGAAGAAGCAGCGGCCAUCGCACGGGCCCAGCAAGCAGCUCGUGAUCAGAUCGAAGCCGAACGGCGUGCCGAGGAGAAACAGAAGAAAAUGGAAGCCGAGGCCGUCGCAAGAGCACAACAAGCAGCUCGCGAUCAGAUCGAAGCCGAACGCAAGGCCGACGAAGAGCGCAGAAAGAGGGAGACCGAGCUCGCAGCCGCUGCAGAGGCGGCUGCUAAGGCCAAGCUCGAGGCAGCAAUCAAGGCAAAGGAGGAAGCCGAAGCAGCAGCCAAGAAGAAGAUGGAUGAGGAGGCAGAAUGGCGAAAGCUUCUCGAAACCGAGGCCAAAUUAAAGGCCGAGAAUGAGGCACGAGAGAAAAUUGAAAAGGAACGGAAGGACGCCGAGGACGCCAAAGCUGCCGAAGAAGCGAAGAAGAAGGAAGAGGAGGCUUGGAAAAAGAAGACUCUGGCGGAAGUUCAAGCCAAGGCAGAGGAGGCAUCAAGGAAAUCCAAAGGCAAGGACAAGUCGCCCAUUCGAUUCAAGGAUGCAGUCGGCCGGAAAUUCAGUUUCCCAUUCCAUCUUUGCCAAACUUGGACGGGUAUGGAGGAGCUGAUCAAGCAAGCAUUCUUGCACGUCGACGUAAUAGGGCCGCAUGUGCAAGCAGGCCAUUACGAUCUUCUCGGCCCGGAUCAAGAAAUCAUACUGCCACAAGUUUGGGAUAAGGUCAUUGAGCCAGACUGGGCCAUCACCAUGGUCAUGUGGCCAAUGGAUAGAGGGCGACCUGCUGGUCUCGGUGGUCACCCUCAUCCUCAUCCUCAUGCUCAUGGCGUGCCAGGACACCCCAACGUACGGCCACCCGGUAUGCAGCAAGGGGGAAUAAGAGCUACCCCGGGAAUCAGCAGAAUGCCUGGUGGUCCGACUCAUGGUGGCCCUCCCGUGCCGCCGCCGCAGCCGAUGCACCCGGCAUUCGCGAACAUGCAUAGUAGAGGUGGUCGCCCCCAGAGGAUGACGGAGCCGAGUAUAAUAGCAGUGCAUCCUGAUAAGCCGAAGAAGAAGAGCAAAUCCAGCUCAGGCUUGGGAGGCUUCUUAUUUGGGAGACCGCAGCCAAAGAAGAGUAGCAAGAAAAAGGCGAUUUAA